GCAGCGGCGGUGGCUUGGGUCGGUUAGUUCACUCAGCAGUCAUCCACGCAUCUAUCUAUAUUCCCUUUUCUUAAAUUAGCCACAUUAAGCUUCGCGAUACCGCCCCCAAUUUCAGCCUCGGUACGGAGCCGCCAGGCCGGGACAGAGACGGAAGGAGACGAGGCCUCCGAAAUGGAAGCGCUCGGACCGGGGCCGCCGGCCCCUCCUCCCUCUCUGUUCCAGCCUCCGCGGCGUCCCGGCCUCGGCACGGUGGGGAAACCCAUCCGGCUCUUGGCAAACCACUUCCAGGUGCAGAUUCCCAAGAUUGAUGUCUAUCACUAUGAUAUCGACAUUAAGCCUGAGAAACGGCCUCGAAGGGUUAACAGGGAGGUGGUGGACACCAUGGUGCGGCACUUCAAGAUGCAGAUCUUUGGAGACCGACAGCCGGGCUACGAUGGGAAGAGGAACAUGUACACGGCACAUCCUCUGCCGAUUGGGAGAGACAGGGUGGAUCUGGAAGUGACUCUGCCGGGUGAGGGGAAAGAUCAGACGUUCAAGGUGUCUCUGCAGUGGGUGUCGGUGGUCAGUCUUCAGAAUCUGCUGGAAGCUUUGUCGGGUCACAACGAGGUCCCCGAAGAUUCGGUCCAGGCUCUGGAUGUCAUCACGCGGCACCUGCCUUCCAUGAGGUAUACUCCUGUGGGCCGUUCGUUCUUCUCCCCUCCGGAGGGCUACUAUCAUCCUCUGGGUGGAGGCAGGGAGGUGUGGUUUGGUUUCCAUCAGUCCGUCCGUCCUGCCAUGUGGAACAUGAUGCUCAACAUCGAUGUGUCAGCAACAGCUUUCUACCGCGCUCAGCCUGUGAUAGAGUUCAUGUGCGAGGUGCUAGAUAUUCAGAACAUCAACGAACAGACCAAACCACUAACUGACUCGCAGCGGGUCAAAUUCACCAAGGAAAUAAGAGGUUUGAAAGUUGAGGUCACACACUGUGGUCAAAUGAAGAGGAAGUACCGUGUGUGCAACGUGACAAGACGACCUGCCAGCCACCAAACGUUCCCCUUACAACUUGAGAACGGCCAAGCCAUGGAGUGUACCGUAGCUCAGUAUUUCAAGCAGAAGUACAAUCUGCAGCUCAAAUAUCCACAUUUACCCUGCCUGCAAGUAGGACAGGAACAGAAGCACACCUACCUUCCCCUGGAGGUCUGUAACAUAGUAGCAGGCCAGCGAUGUAUCAAGAAACUGACAGACAACCAGACGUCCACCAUGAUCAAAGCUACAGCUCGCUCCGCCCCCGACAGACAAGAAGAGAUCAGCCGACUGGUCAAAAGUAACAGCAUGGUUGGGGGCCCAGACCCUUACCUGAAGGAAUUUGGCAUCGUGGUUCACAAUGACAUGACUGAGGUGACGGGGAGGGUCCUUCCUGCACCCAUGCUGCAAUACGGGGGCCGCGUCAGUACAGACACGGGGAGAGACUGCGGCAGGAACAAAACCGUGGCCACGCCCAACCAGGGCGUGUGGGACAUGAGGGGGAAGCAGUUCUACGCCGGCAUUGAGAUCAAGGUCUGGGCGGUGGCCUGCUUCGCGCCGCAGAAACAGUGUCGAGAGGACCUGCUAAAGAGCUUCACUGACCAGCUGCGAAAGAUCUCAAAGGAUGCUGGGAUGCCCAUUCAAGGCCAGCCGUGUUUCUGUAAAUACGCCCAAGGAGCUGACAGCGUGGAGCCCAUGUUCAAACACCUCAAGAUGUCUUACGUUGGUCUGCAGCUGAUUGUGGUCAUCCUGCCCGGCAAAACGCCAGUCUAUGCUGAGGUAAAGCGGGUGGGUGACACUCUGCUUGGAAUGGCGACCCAGUGUGUGCAGGUGAAGAACGUGGUGAAGACCUCCCCUCAGACCCUCUCCAACCUCUGCCUCAAGAUCAACGCCAAGCUGGGGGGCAUCAACAACGUCCUGGUGCCUCACCAGAG